AUGGGAGAAGGCUUGCUACGUGCUGAAGUUCAGGCACUCAAGGAGCGGCUCUGCGAGCAUAGAGGAUGGCUGCAGCGGCUGGACAUCGAGGACAACAUGAUUGAGCUCAAGAUUGUGAUGCAGGGGAGGGUCCGACGUCUUAGCUUCAUUCUCUAUGAGGCUGAUGCAUAUCCCAACAGUGGAGGUAUGAUGAUGAGUGAGGACGAUGCGGAUACGAGCCUGGUGGAAGCCAUCAAUGCUCUUUUGACUGCAGAGUCGCUCACUAUCCUUGAUGUGCUCCGAGCCACAUCGAGGGCAUCCAAGGUGGCAGAUGCUGACCUCCUCGCACUCCUGUCCUGCCUAGAUGCAGCGGGCGCGAAGGACCAGGUCGAGGCAGACAAUGUUGACUUCGAGGGCGAUGACGAAGGACUUGAUCUUCGAAUUGAGGCACCCGAGGAACGCUCAGAGCGACCUGGCUGGAAGCGCAUGAAGUGGCAGGAGGUUGAAGACCAGCGUCUUGAAGACCAACGCCUUGCGCAGAGUCAAUUACAAAAGCGGCGCAAAGGUGAGUUGAGCAACGAAGAGUUAAGGGCAAAGGGUGAGCAAAUCUUCAACUCCAGUGAGGCUUUCAACAUUCUGUCUAACGAGCUGUUCAACCUUCAGACUCAAGUGACACCUGGGGUCGAAGCGGAUGCUGUGAAUUUCAAUGUUCACAGCUGGGUAGUGAAGCUACGCGGGUUCUCCAAAGAUAUCGCGCUUGACUUGCAGAAGCUAAAAGCUUGUUGCGGUUACGACUACGUGGAGCUUCGAGUGAACUUUCGAGAGGAUCUUCAUCCCUUCUACCCCCCCUCUGUCUCAAUUGUCCGUCCUCGGCUCCUGGGAAGACACGAUGUGCAGGCCGCGCUAGCCUGCCAUCCGCGAUUGCAGCUCAAGGGCUGGAGCCCAUUCCAGUCAUCCAAAGAUUUGCUGGUCUCCAUCCGAAAUUUCUUGGAUAGAAUUGCUCGAGUGGACUUGGAGAGCAACCGGAAUGCAAUUGACACAUUCCCGGAGGGGGCCUUUUCUGUUGUGGAGCAGCAGCUUGGGCUCCUGCGUCGCCUUAGGGACAUUGUGCCGGUCGACUUGCGGCUUGAGACGCUGGGAAACGCCUACGAGGAUGACCCUUGGGCGCAGAGCGAAGAGCUGCGGUCAAGCUCCUUCAGUGCCAUGUUCUCCAGAGGUAGAAAAUUGCCUUCAGCUUCAGGUACAGGGACGCAGGAUGAGAGGAGCUUUUGGGCCGCUGGAGUAGGCUAUGGAAGCGAUGCAGGUGCAGACGCAGGACGUGAUGGAUGGGAUCCAGCAGCAUUGCGGGCUGCACAGGAAGCUCAGGAGCCAAGCCGGCUACACUUGGAGCGAGAGCUAAGUGGAGAGCUUUCCACGUCCUACACAAGUAUGGGCGACAGAUGUUCCAUCUUCCGGGAAGUGUUGGAUUUAGUCAGGCAGUUGCUCUCAAGCUUGCCGCAGCAUGCACCUCAACUACUGCAACCCAUCCGCGGGCAUUUGGCCUCGGCCAAGGCCGCGGCGGAGACCUUUCAACGAUGCCUCGGCGAAAGUGCAUCUCACGAGGAUGCCGUGCGAGAUGUCGCCUUCGCUGAGCUCGUUGUCGCAACGGCUGAUGAUCUGGAGAGGCUUUGCCGGCUUUGUCACGCUCCAAGCGCAACUCCAACAAGAGGCGCCACUCAAAGCGAGUAUUGUCGCAGUCUUGGAGUGCAUCAGCUGAACACUAGUAGCAUCGAAGAUGGACACGCCUUUGAGCAGACUGCGCGCAGUGAGCAUUGUGUGCCGCAGGCACGCACCGUACGCUUGGCCAAGGAACUAGCUGGCUUGGCCGGAUUGCUGCCGCUUUCCGAUUCUUCGUCGGUGCUGGUUAGAAGCAGUGCUCGACAACAGCAGCUUUGGAGGGCCUUGAUCACAGGGCCGGAGGAGACGCCUUAUAGCGGUGGCUGCUUCGUCUUCGACAUUUACUUCCCAGUGGGCUAUCCCAGUUGCCCACUCGAGGUGAAGCUUUUAACCACAGGUGGUGGGACCGUCUGUUUUAACCCCAACCUUUACAGCAACGGCAAGGUUUGCUUGUCCUUGUUGGGAACCUGGCAAGGGCAGCGCAGCGAGCGCUGGGACUCGCAAAGUUCUCGCGCAGUCCAGGUGCUGGUCUCCAUACAGUCCUUGAUCCUCGUGCCGCAACCGUAUUUCAACGAGCCAGGCUUCGAAACCCAAAUUGGGACGCCUCCUGGAGAUAAUGCAAGCAAGGCCUACAAUGCGGCCGUACGCGAGAACUGUAUCAGGUGGGCCAUGAUCGAAGUCCUUCGAAGGCCUAGCCCAGAGUUUGCCGAAGCCAUCAAACUGCACUUCAAGUUGCGACGUUCCAAUAUCCAGGAGACAGUUGCAGCAUGGAUUGAGGAGGCAGACACUGCGUUGCAUCGCGCGAAGCUGAUUGACCUUUCCCUGCAGUUGAACGGCGAGUUGCAGAGGUUGUAG